UUUUUUCCAAAAUUCUUUUUUUUCGAUAUUUCGUAAAGGUUUUGCCCGAUCAAUCUAAUACUUUGGAAUAAUGUUUAGAACAACCUGGAACAACCUUUAAAAGUUUGAUUUUCGAAAAAUGGGGUGCCAGGUAAAAAAAUUGUUUUUUUCAAUUUUCCGCGAAAAUUUUUAUUAUAUAAAUUUGAUCUUCUGGAACAAUUUGGAACAAGUCUAGAACAAUCUGGAACAACUUUUAGAAUUUCAAAAUUUCAAAAAUGGGGUGCUAACUUCACACAGGUACCGUCGGGCCAACAUGAUAAACGUUGGGCAAUCAACAUAAAUCCAAUAUAAGACCAAUGUUUAUGUGCUGCUCGGGGUGGCUUCUAGAUUUUGGAGUAAAUUUUCGUUUUUAGGAACCCCAACAGAAUUGUUGACUAAUACAGAUAAUGACUGCAAUGACUGGAUAAAUUAUAUUUCCAGAGGAAAAAUAACCAGCCCUUGUUCGGAGUUAUUGGAAACGGCAAAAAUCAUGGAAAAGUUAUUUCAUGAUUACCACGUACGGUUCUGCUAUUUGUAAGGAGCCAUGGAUUUUUAAAACAUUAGCGUCAAAAAUUAUCAAAUUACAAGACAAAAAUUGCCUAGUAAUACCAAACAAGGUAUUAUUAUGCAGUUUCUUCGUCAUUUUAAGAAAUUGUAAUAAUUUUAAAGGUCAUGUAAAAAUAAGAAAAAUACUAAUGUUUCAAUCUUUUCCAUUUUUAUGCGCUCUCGACAUUUGCGAUAUUCUAACCAAACGAUUUAUGUAUGCAAGUGGUUACGAACAAAAGCGAACGGCUGCCAACAAUGCUAAUAAAGAAGCAUUAAGGCGAACUGCGCAAAAACAUAGAAAACGAAUGCAACUUAAGUAUUGUAUGUCCAUUGUUGCAUACGAUUGCGAUAAUCCUUCGAUCUUCACUACAUCAUGUAUGUAAUCAAGUCACACUUGUAGAACCAAUGCAUUGCAGUCAUUACAUGUUAUUCCGUCUUAAGACAUGCGCAUAUGUGGUGAUUGCUCCGCUUCAACUUUAUAUUCCUCAUUUUACAAUUUUCAAUAUAACUUUUUUAUUUGCUUACUUUUUAUAUUGCUACAUUAGGUCGAACAUCUGAAUAUUACGAAAAAUGAAAAACAAUUAAGACAAUUAAUACAAAAGAAAAAACCGCAGAAUUCAAAUAAAUUCAAAACACGAGAUCAUCAAUUUUUUAUUUUAUGUGUAUCAAAUCCGACUUUACGCAACAGAUUUCAUAAAAACAAAACAUGCGGGUGCUGCCGAUGAUACUUGUUUCGUUAUUGUGGCUGUUAGUUUGUAGUGCAUAUCGUUUUCUUGGGGUGUUUCCGCAUCAAGGCAAGAGCAAAUUUAUUAUGCUGGAGGGCCUGAUGAAGGGUUUGGCCGAUAAAGGACAUCAAAUCGACAUAAUCAGUCCGUAUCCACAGAAAAAAACCUAUCCGAACUAUACCGAUAUCGCAAAAUUGUCAGUUCCUCUAUCAUUAGUGAACAAUUUGACAUAUGAAUUUAUACAAACAGUGAGCUCGAAUAUAGCGAAAAGUACGGCGACAGUAUUUGGUAAUGAUGUUUGUGAAGCCCAUCUGGGAAAUUCGGUAAUACAAAACCUGGUGCGCGAUCCACCGAAGAAUCCACCCUACGACGCGAUGAUUAUGGAGAUUUUAAGUUCACCUUGCUUUGCGGCCAUCGCCCAGUUGUUAAACAUACCGCUGAUUGGAGUCAGCACAACGUUGAUGUAUCCAUGGCUUCAUGAAUUAAUCGCUCAGCCCGAGAACCUCGCGAUCGUACCGAAUAUUUAUAAGAAUGUGAACUUUCCAAUGAACUUGUGGCAACGUACAUACAAUGUUUUCUCCUUUCUCUACUGCAAGUUAUAUUUCAACUAUCUCACUAUAUCACAAGACGAUAUAGUGAGAAAGUACUUCGGACCGAACCUGCCAAGCAUCCGGAAUAUGAACCUAGCACUGGUCCUCGUCAACUCUCAUAUUGCUCUGAAUGGGAUCCAACCGAUGACACCUGCUCUCGUCCAAGUAGGCGGAAUCCAUAUCCGAGAAGACGAUACGCCGUUGUCGCAUGAAUUAAAGAAAUGGAUGGACGAUAGUAAAGAUGGUUUUGUGUACUUCACUUUCGGCUCGAUGGUGCUGAUGGAAACGUUUCCGCGCAAAACUUUAGAUAUCUUUUACGCCUCCCUAGGCAAGAUAGCACCCGUUCGAGUUCUAAUGAAGAUACCGAAUCCGAAGAAGUUGCCGCCUGGCUUACCCGAAAAUAUUCGUACAUUCCCUUGGUUGCCGCAACUUAAAGUAUUAAAUCAUCCCAAUAUAAGAGCUUUCAUUACUCAUGGUGGGAUGAUGGGCACUAUUGAAGCAAUAGCCUAUGGUGUUCCCAUGAUUGGUAUGCCACUAUAUUUGGAUCAGUAUAACAACAUCAACGCUAAUGUCGCGAAAAACGUUGCUGUGAAACUGGAUGUCUAUAAGAUCACUGAAAAAGACAUGGAUACAGCCCUGAAUGCGAUUUUGCAUGACCCGCGAUACAUAGAGAAUGUUAAAAAUUUGUCCCAAAGAUUCCACGAUCAACCGCUUAGUCCUAUUGACACUGCGAAUUACUGGAUCGACUACGUGAUUAAAUACGGCGAAGAUGUCUUACGAUCGCCCGCCAUGGAUUUGGCCUGGUGGCAAAUAUACCUCAUCGAUGUGGCCGCGUGUCUUUUGCUUUGCGCGGCAGCCAUUAUUACGCUUGCGGUGUUCAUUAUUGUACAUUUUGUGAUGAAGAUGACAAAUAGAAAUCAUUAUAGGUUGUUACAUUCGAAGAAGACUAAUUAGUUGGGUCAAUUCGAGAGAAGUAUUAGAAUAAAAGAAAUAACAUUAUGUAAUGAGUCAUGGAAGGCAAUUAAGGUUUAGCAGAUUUCUACUGGAAAUUAUACUAUUAUAAUAUUAGAAA